GUUGCCUCUACAUAAGAUAUUCGAACGCACCAGCUGGCAGCAUAGUGCAGUCGGUGAUCGAAUUUGUCCUUUGCAAGAUUCGUUAAAGGACAUUAAAUUCCCCAGAAUUGUUUGGAUGGAUUCAGACGGUCAUGAGACAAUGAGGAAGAGCCAAUCUACAAUCACAUCCUACCUAGAUGAUGCACCUGUUGCUAGGGAAGUCAUCAGCAAGCAGUCAUGGCUAUGGACUGGCAUCAAUGUUGUCAUGGCGAUCUUCUUUGCACUGGCUGCAUUUGUACAGAUUAAUGAUCCUGACCCCUAUAUUUGGAUUCCAAUCUAUCUGAUUCCGUGUCUUCUUUGUUGUGCCAUUGUCUGGUCCCGAGAUGCUGUAGACCAGCUCUAUUGGCGAGUCACUGCGGCCGUUCACAUGGGUUUUUCUAUUCUUGGAAUCGUCAUUCUUACAUUCCAUGUGGGUGGACUUCACAUGAAGCAAGGAUUCUUCAACCCUCUGGGCCUGGAGGAGGGAAGAGAGCUGUUUGGUCUUCUCAUUGCUUUGGGAUGGACACUGUUGUGCUGGUUCAGUGGCCACAUAAUGACGACGUGUUCAGCAGGCAAGUUAAGUAUCUUGACUGGAGUGACGGUGCUACUUGGUAUGUUGCCGUUGACUAUGUGGGGAACCUGCUAUCAAUCAAACUUCAAACACUGUGACGACAUGCUGUGAAAUGACUGCUUUCCGGAGAGAAGUCAUCAAAAAUGAGAAUCAUGGCUAGAAAGAAAGAUGGUUUGGUAAUUGCCAGCCAUUGGAAAAGUAGACUUUUCCACGAUGUAAAAAAUGUCACCAUGUACGUGAAAUUUUAAAGUGAUUCUUUCCUGAAGAACAGGUUCAUUUUUAAAGAAGUACUGAACGACAUUUGGCUUGUAAAUUUGAUUCAUGUAAGUAAUGUAAACUUUAUGUCUUGCAGCUGGCUACAUUUGCGACAGUCAAGUACUUAAGAACUGUAAUUUUUUUAACAUGUUGUAAAAUCUUAACAAAAGCAAAAGUACUUGAGAUAUAUAUUUUACCAGAUGAUUCUCUACAAUCACCUUGCCCUAUGCCAAUGAAAGGUUACAAAGUUUUUGGAUACAAAGUACUGUUUAGCAAUCAUUUAAUCAAUUAUUGUUAAAAUCUGUUUAGGUAAUGUAAUGAACACACAGAUCCCUGUACCUACCAUUUGUUGUCACUUGUUGGUUGUACUAUCAAGACAUAAUGCCUAAAAAGACAAACGUUGAUUCCAUCCAGAAUUGGAAUUGGCAAGUGACUUGACAUGAAGCGAUGCGCCUGUUGAGAACAGAGGAUUUUCAUUGCUAUAAUCAAUGUACAGUAAAUUGGACACAGUACUGCAUGUUGACACAUUGUGAUCUCUGGUGUGAAAUUUGCAUAAACACAUAACAUUUGAAACUCUACACUAAGAUGUGAGUGUAAGUAUUUCACCACUUCAUUCAACUUGAACUUAACUUAAAUUAUGUAAAUUUUCAAAUAUGUAAAAUACGAGUGGUCUUGUUUAUGUAUAUUCGUCAAUUCUCUGAAAUUAUUUUUGUACAUGCUGCUACGUUUAAAAAUCAUUAUUCAGUCUUUAGGUUAAGAAAUUUUAUAAUCACUGUAGAAGUUCCAAUUUUUUUAGAUAAAACCAGCAUAGUUGUACAUAUAACCCCUAAACUGGAUACAUCAUUCAUGCAUCCAUUGUGAUUUGAUCUUAUCAGAUUCAAUGUCAUUCCAAAUUACAAAGAAAUCCAACUUCACAUUUAUCACUAAUGGUUACUGCAUUUUCGUGCUGCAUUCAGAAAGGUUGUUAGACAUUGUUAGAAAGCGUUCUCCAUUGGUUUUGUAAUGAACUGUGACAAAUUUUAAAAUGAGAACUGAACUAAAUUAAAGUAAAUUGUCAUAUUUAUGUGCAAGUGAUGCAAUAUUUAUCUCGGGCUUAAUAAAAACUAUUUUAUCAGAA